AUGACAUGUUGCAGUACGGGCAAUACAUGGCUGUUCCGAAAGCUACCGAAGAAAAUUUAUCUCCAGUUAUCCUCUUCUGUGGACAUAUCGUACUCCGAAGCCAAUCACCUAUUCAACAGGUUCAAGACUCUUUCAAGCCGUGGCUAUAUGUGCCUCAAGCAGUUUAGGGAUUCAUUGGGGCUCAUAGGAUCGAUUGAACUAUUUCUCCCAGAAAGGAUGUUUUAUGCAUUCGACAUCGAUUGUGAUGGGAAACUAUCAUUUUUAGACUAUGCCACUAGUCUGUUUACAAUGCUUAGGGGUAGUGAAUCAGCCAAGCUAGAGCUUUCGUACAAGAUUAUAAACACCAAAUGCAAAUUACAUGGAAUAACAUUGGACGAAUUUGUUGAAUUGGUACGAUCAAUAUUUGAGGCAAAAGCAUCACUAUUGCGUGAAACUCCUCAGACACCUUCAUAUGAGCAAAUAUAUGAAAUAUUCUAUCAGGUAUCUUCGGUGAAUUCGUAUGGAGAUAGAGAGAUUUCUAAAAAGGAUUACAUAGUGGCAAUUAGGACAAAUUACAAAUUUGCAGCUUUGCUAGGCGUAUCAAACCAGCAUCCUUUGCAAAGUUAUUGUAGCGUAUGCGCUAGAACUAUUACGGAUAACUCACAAACUCCAUUUUAUUCGACACAAAAUAGACACUACUACAAUCACGUAAAUGUUGGACACUCUGAAUUUCGUCGUACAUACUAUGGAAAGAGAAUUAUUAAGCAAAUUCGCAGUAAGCCCAUAAGGGAUUUUGCCUCUGAGGUUUCAUUACCAAUUCAGAAACCGGGCAAUUCAAACGAAGUUGUAAAUCCAAAAUGCCUUGCGGUGUACUUUGGUCAUAAGAGGUGGAAUCAUGUCAUUAACACGAUGAUCGGUCUUAGAUUAACUGCCAAGCAAGUGUAUAAACAUGAAAGGAGACAAAUAUUUCCCGCAGAUUUUAACGAAUACUAUACAUUCAUAAUAAAUCCAAAUGAUUGGCUACAGAAAGGUCCAGUGGAAGAAAUGACUGAGCAUUCUGUUAGAUUUACUGAAUAUGCCCCGCGAGUUUUCAGGGAAGUUAGGGAAAUGGCAGGUUUGACACAACAAGAAUAUUGUGAGAGUGUGGGUCCAGAGCAAUUAAUAGGCAAUAUGGCCAUGGGUAAUUUAUCAACAAUGUCAGAAUUGGUUUCUGAAGGCAAAAGUGGUGCACUUUUCUACUAUAGUCCAAAUGGACGAUUGAUAAUUAAGACAAUUAACAAGCGCUGUGCCCAAUACUUCCGAAAAUGGCUGGUAUUCUAUUAUUCACAUUAUGCAAAAAAUCCUAACAUGUUAAUAACAAAGUUUUACGGGGUAUUUUCACUCCUAUCGCCUACAACUCGCGGCAAACGUGAAAAGCUUUACUUUAUCGUAAUGAACAAUGUAUUUCAUUCAAAUGUCACCAUACAUAGGAGAUAUGAUUUGAAGGGUUCCAUUGUAGGCAGGAGCUUACCAGAAGAUGAAAGAGAGGAUCAUACUAUUGCAUUGAAGGAUUUAGAUAUAUUGUACUAUAACGACAAGAUCAGGAUAGGCGUAGAUAGGAAGAAGAAGUUGCUAGCAGCGCUGCGUAUUGACGUUAACUUUCUGCGUGAAUCCAAAUUUUUGGAUUAUUCAUUGCUGGUGGGAUUCCACUAUCGCAAUAAAAGCAAAGAUCACGUACAUUGGGAGAUCGACCAAAUGAGUUUAGAAACUUGGAAUUCCAUAAAGUCUGAGGAUAGGAGUGAAAUGUACUAUUUGGGCAUCAUUGACAUUUUUACCAAGUGGGGAUUUAGGAAGAGUAUGGAACACUUGAUGCGUUCAAUUCAGACAUUUAAACCUGGAAAGAUUAGCUGUAUACAUCCGCGGAAGUAUGCUGACAGAUUUCAGCAAUUUGUAUCUUCGAUAGUCAUUUAA